UUUUGAUUCAAAUAAUUUGUUUAAUAAUGUAUAAAUUAAAGUGUUAUUUAUUUACCUUGGAGAGCUUCUUUCUCCUCGGUAUACUCGCUGUUAUGAUUUUAUUAGCCUUUCUAAUACAGAUUUCCGUGUUUAUUUUCACUUUUCCACUAUGUUUCAAGGAUAAAUAUUACUUUUAUAAGUUAGGCAAUAAAAUUUCGUUUAAAUUCGUAAACUUCACCGCCUUUUGUAUUAAUCCACAUUGGAAAUGUGAAGCCUUGACAGAUUUGCCUUCUAGAGAUCCCAAAAAUAGGGUGAUUUUAAUGGUCAACCAUGUUAGCCUUGCAGAUGCUUUUGUAACAACCUAUCUCGGAAAGAGAUUUUACUCUACAUUUUUGUAUAAGGAUGCACUCCACAAACUUUAUCCGAAGCCUAUGCUUCAUAUGAUCGGACAGGUCCCCAUCUACUUCCACUACGACAAGGAGACAAAGACUAAAUCUAUCAAGAAGGACUGUGUAAUAGGAGUUAUGGAGAGGUGUAAAGUUUUAAUGGAAAACGGCUUUGACUUAAUUGUAUAUCCUGAAGGAACGAGAUCGAAGACUGGUAGACUUCAGGAGUUUAAGGACGGGUUUUUCAGAUUCUCUAUUGAUAAUGGCUACGAUAUCAUUCCAUGCGCUGUUCAUAACACUAAAAAUGCGCUUGAUAAGCCUUGUUAUGCUAAAAACUGUACAAUGUAUUUAAUGGCAGGAUCCCGAGUGUCUCCAAAAGGUAAGACUGUGGAAGAGUUAAAGCGGGAGGUACGAAAGAAGAUUUAUAAUCUUAUUAAAAUGUCGCCAACGUUCGAUCCCUCCACCGAAACCGUAGAAGAACUAGAAUAAUAUUGUGUAACAUAUAAUAUGAUAUCUUGAAU